AAAUUGAUAACAAUCCCUUUUAUCGUUAAAAAUCAACUAUAAAAACAAUUUCCCUCUUAUAAAAUUCACUUUGUGAUAAAAUGCAUUUUUCUCAGUUGAUUUUAUUGGCGUGGCUUUUUGUUGCCCCAAUUUGGGCUAACAUAAUCCCAGUUCCCCGGAUUAUAAAUGGCAAAAAGGCUGAAAAAGGGCAAUUUCCUUGGCAAGUGGCAAUUUAUGUUACCCAACCUGGGGCUUCGAAUUUAUGUGGAGGAGCUUUAUUGAACGAAAAAUGGGUUCUAACAGCUGGUCAUUGCGUUAAAGAUGCUAGCAAAUUUGAAAUUGCUUUGGGUUCAAAUAGCCUCAAGGGAGAUGACUCAUCACGGGUUGUUUUCCAAACAACUAAAUACAUUUUACACGAGAAUUACAAUAAAAAUACUCUAGCUAACGACAUUGGACUUAUACCAUUACCCCAAGAUGUUUCUUUCAAUGAUAACAUUCAACCCGUUUCUUUACCAUCAAAGGGACUAACAGAUGGUACUUUGGUCACAAUCAGUGGCUGGGGCUUGACCAGUGAUGGGAAUGAAGAAGCCAGUCCUGAUUUAAUGUACGUUGAUUUGGUCACAAUUUCAGAUUCUGAUUGUGCUUCUGCUUAUGGGUUUUUAAAUGAUGGAGUUGUUUGUGCCAAAGGACCCGGAAGUAUUGUUCAAAGCACUUGCGAGGGUGACAGUGGUGGUCCGCUAGUGACAAACGAUUCAGAACCAGUUCAUGUUGGUAUUGUCAGUUUUGGACACCCUGACGGUUGUGAGAGUGGCAACCCUGCCGGUUUUACACGCACUUAUUAUUUUAUUGAUUGGAUAAAGGAAAACACAGUGGUGGUCCAGGUUGGACACCCUGACAGUUGUGAGAAUGCCGGUUUUACCCCCACUUAUUAUUUUAUUGAUUGGGCGCUUCCAGCCACCACUUCGUCGCGUUACCUCCCAUUUAGAGAGAUCGGUAAUCGGAUUAUUAGUGGUUCCCCGGCUUCACUAGGGCAAUUCCCGUACCAGGCAGCCCUCUCUUUGAGGGUUUCCGGGGGUACUUCUUUCUGCGGAGGCGCCCUUAUUACCCCAACUUACGUUCUGACAGCUGCCCACUGCACUCAAGGAGUUACAGCCAUUACGGUUUCUUUGGGUUUAAUCAAUUUGAGUUCUGGGGGAGUUCAAGUUCAAGCAAGUCGGGCUAUUAGCCAUCCUAACUAUUCUUCAAGUACUUUAGCUAAUGACAUUGCUUUGAUCCAAUUGUCAUCAUCUGUAGCUCUAUCAAGCACCGUAAAAACCAUUUCUCUGGGUUCUAGUACCCUAGGAAGUGGAGUUUCGGUCACUGUAAGUGGUUGGGGGAAAACCAGCGACAGUGCGACUAGUGUUAGUCAAAUCCUUAAUUAUGUGGGUUUAACAACCAUCUCAAAUACGGUUUGUGCCAACUCUUAUGGUGGUAUUAUUCAAUCAGGGAUUGUUUGUGCCAAAGGCAGUACCAUUCAAAGUACUUGCAAUGGUGAUAGUGGUGGCCCACUGGUCACUGGGUCUGGAUCCAAUGCCGUCCAUGUUGGUAUUGUGAGUUUCGGUAGUUCCCAGGGUUGUGCCAAAGGGUACCCAUCGGCGUACACCAGAACUGCGGCUUACAGGACAUGGAUUAAGACCUACGCGGGUGUGUAAACACCUUAAGAUUAAAUUGUGAUUAGAUAAGGAAAAUAAUACAAAUAAAGCAUUUUGAAAUCAUA